GCAACCACUCGCACAGUGUGGCGCUUUUCAGUGAGGACAGGCGGAAAUAACCGUUAUAUUUUAAAAACUGCGUCAUCUGCAGCUUCUCCAAGCGGCGCGAGGGGAGCAGUGGACCAGUCGUAGUGACCGGCACAGCGCCUUUUAAGACGGCUCAGCUUGUGUCGGGCAAAUCAGAUUAUUGACAAGGACUCGGAGCAUGACUUCUCAGACACGCCACUGCGACUGAACGGGACGGGCGGCAACAUGGCCUCGUAUCUGCCGAUCGCUGACGAUGAGAAAGGCCACGAGCUGGACCUUUUCUGUGUGCCCAAACAUUAUGAGAACGAUUUGGACAAGGUGAUCAUCCCGCACGGACUCAUCAUGGACCGGACGGAGCGUCUGGCCCGCGACAUAAUCCGGGACAUGGGGGGCCACCACAUCGUAGCUCUGUGUGUGCUGAAAGGAGGCUACACGUUCUUUGCAGACCUCCUGGACUACAUUAAAGCGCUGAACCAGAACAGCGAUAAAUCAGUCCCCCUGACAGUGGAUUUCAUUAGGGUGAAGAGCUACUGUAAUGACAAGUCAACAAACAGUGUCAAAGUCAUAGGCGGGGAUGAGCUGUCCAAUCUCUCCGGCAAGAAUGUUUUGAUUGUCGAGGAUAUUGUAGAGACGGGAAGGACGAUGGAGACGCUACUUUCCCUGCUGAGUGAAUGCAAUCCAAAGAUGGUUAAAGUUGUGAGCCUUCUAGUGAAGCGGACCCCGAGGAGUUCAGGGUACAGACCAGACUACAUUGGUUUUGAGGUGCCAGAUGCCUUUCUGGUGGGCUACGCUUUGGACUACAAUGAGUACUUCAGAGAUCUCAGUCACAUCUGUAUACUGAAUGAUCAAGCCAAGGAGAAGUACAAAGUAUGAGCAGAUAAAGUGCUGCAGAGGCGAUGACUGAAAUCAAGACUAGGACCACUGUGAUGCCCCUCCUUAACUUUGCUGUGUUUUGAAUCUUAUUCAAUUUUCUACAUAAAAAUCCACAAAAUGUGGGUUGUAAAUAACUUAAAGAACACUUAACGUCUCCUCUAUUGUAUACAUGGGAUCAGUUAUGUAUUCUGAAUAUUUUGGUUGUUAAAUUUGAAAUUAUUUAUUCACUUUUGUGUAUACUUUUCCUGUAAAUUUCUGUUUUAUCUUGGAGAUGGAAAGAAGAAUGUCAUUAAUUUAUCAGUGAGCUGUCAGUCAAAUUUAAGGAGCCUUCAGUUUGUUUGUUUCAACUUAUAAUGUGGAUAUAUCCUCAUGCCAUGGAUUUAGCAUUAUGCCAUAAAAUGACUGACUUGGAAUGUACUGUAUGCUUUAUUUCAUAUUUAACGUUUUCAUCGAGGACCUGUACACGGUAAUAUAAAUCUCGUUCAAUCUCUGAA